UAUUGUCACUCACUUACUCAUACACUUAGCUUGUUCUUGUUGUAUCUAUUGUGAGAGAGAAAUGGCUUUUGAGAGUAAAUCAUGGUUGGUUCUCUCUCUUGCUGUUCUCAUGGUUGCAAGUUGCAUGCAACAAAGUGUCCUUGGGGCUUCCCAAGUUCCUUGCCUUUUUGUGUUUGGGAACUCUCUCUCUGAUAGUGGAAACAACAACAACCUUAAUACAUCUGCAAAAGCUAAUUUCUUGCCAUAUGGUAUUGACUUCCCAACCGGCCCAACAGGCAGAUAUAGCAACGGAUUAAAUCCCAUUGACAAAUUAGCCCAAAUUUUGGGAUUUGAGCAUUUCGUUCCGCCGUUUGCAAACCUUACUGGCUCAGACAUACUUAAAGGUGUUGAUUAUGCAUCCGGUUCAGCUGGAAUUCGCAAGGAGAGCGGCAAACAAUUGGGUCAGAAUAUUGACGUUGGAUUACAAUUAACUCAUCACAGACUCAUAGUUUCUAAAAUUGCCCACAAACUUGGAAGUUUAGACAACGCUGUGAACUACCUUAAGAAGUGCUUGUAUUACGUGAAUAUAGGCACCAAUGAUUAUGAACAAAAUUACUUCCUUCCCGAUAUAUUCAAUACAAGCCACAUUUAUACCCCUCAGCAGUAUUCUAAAGUUCUUAUUCACCAGCUAAAUCACUAUCUACAGACUCUGCAUCAUUUUGGGGCAAGAAAGACCAUUAUGGUUGGAAUGGAUCGCUUAGGUUGCAUUCCAAAGGCUCGUCUGACAAAUAAUGGAUCUUGCAUUGAAAAGGAGAAUGUUGCCGCAUUCCUUUUCAAUGAUCAGCUUAAAGCUCUUGUGGAUCGUUACAACCACAAAAUCUUACCUGAUUCCAAAUUCAUCUUCAUCAAUAGCACAGCCAUAAUCCAUGACCAAUCACACGGUUUCACGAUUACUGAUGCUGCUUGUUGCCAAUUAAACACUACAAGAGGAGUUUGUCUUCCUAAUCUAACACCAUGCCAAAAUAGGAGUCAGUAUAAGUUCUGGGAUGGAAUUCACACAACCGAAGCUGCAAACAUACUCACUGCAACAGUUUCAUAUAGUACUUCGGACCCAAACAUCGCUCACCCAAUGAAUAUCCAAAAACUUCUUUCAUCAAACUCCAUAAAUUAAUUAGUUCAGGGUGUUCUUAAAUAAGUAGUUCAAAUAAUUCAGUAUGCAUGCAUGGUCAUUCUCAUAUUCCAAUCAGAAUAAGUUCAAGGUCUUUGGUGCUUGUUCCUUUGUUUGUGUGUUCCUAGUCGGUACCUUCUUUCAAUAAAUGGAUGAGGAUUUGCUUGGUUCAAUCAUUUCCUGGAUAUUUAAGUUUUGGGGGGCUUCAUUUAUAUAGCUUUAGGGCUAGCUAUUUUUGAUGUAUUUGAUACCAGGAUUUUGUUGAGCACCUCGUCUUGAUUUUGGAUCUUCGGCAUUAGUAUGUAAGGGGUUUUCUGUUCCUCCACUCACUUGAGAGAGUUAUGUUCUCAUGCAAAUUUGAUCUUUAUAAUAAAUUGAUUUUUGUUUCCAAAA